AUCGGAGACGUUUUAGAGGGGAGACUUCUGCCCUGUCUGAUUUUUCCCGAAGCUGACUGCGAAGGCUUGCGUGUUAUGACGACCCCCAACAAAGGAAACAAAGCCUUGAAGGUGAAGAGGGAGCCAGGUGAGAAUGGGACCAGCUUGACAGAUGAAGAGCUGGUGACCAUGUCCGUACGGGAGCUGAACCAGCAUCUGCGGGGCUUGUCGAAGGAGGAGAUAAUCCAACUCAAGCAACGUCGGCGAACCCUGAAGAACAGAGGCUAUGCUGCCAGCUGCCGUGUCAAGAGGGUAACACAGAAGGAGGAGCUGGAGAAGCAGAAAGCAGAACUUCUUUUUAAUGCCAGCAUGAAAAUGGAACUUGAUGCCCUGCGCUCCAAGUAUGAGGCACUGCAGAACUUCGCCCGGACCGUGGCCCGGAGCCCUGUCACCCCUGCGCGGGGACCACUUGCUUCAAGCAUGGGUCCCCUCGUGCCUGGCAAGGUUGUCACCACCAGCGUCAUCACGAUAGUGAAAUCUAAAACGGACGCCCGGUCUUAGUGAAACGAGCACCGCCUGGGCUUGUGUGUGCAGGGCAGAUAGGCACAAAGCUCAUCCGGAAUCCCCAAAGCACAACCCUCACCCAGAUGGCCCAGCCACACAGGCACAUGCUGGCCCGCUUGUCACUGCAGUCCCUUUGUUUUUAGCUUUGUUCUGGUUGAUGUGACUGAUGGUGAUGCAACCCUUCUGUGUGAGCAGAACCUUCCACCCAGGGUAUUCUGGGAACAGAAACUGGAGGACCUUGAUAUCUUGGCAAAGGGAUUCUCAGCAGCAUAGAGUAGAGUCUUGGGGUGGAAUAACCCAAAAGGGGGAGGGCAGAGGUCAUAGAAAGUUAGAAGAUCUGCUGUCAGUAUCUUCUGAUGAUUUAUACUAUUCUUCCAGGGUUGUGUGUCAGCUGUCCAAUCUGCUGCUUGUAAAUUGCUUGGUAUCAGUGACUGUAAUGGGGGUAGUUUGUGUAACCAUUUUUAUAUUAACAUCUAGUUGCGCCUCUUGUGUUUAAAGGUGGGAUUCCUUGGGACUUUUCCUGAAAGGGGAGGGAAGUGGCAAAACUGCAAUUUCCUGGUGUCUGUGCUGCAAAGAAGUGAAAAAAGACAGGAAUGAGCACUGUAUUAACUUGACUAUCAGGCUGUACCAUGGUGACUACAGGCCAGUUUUGUGCCUAAUGUGUUGCACUGAUCAAGACCAAAAUCACUAGUUGUUUUGUGUGUUUGAAGAGUAUCAAGUGUCUCUAGUGUGAUGGUUUACACAACCAGUUUAUGUGGUUUAAAUAGCCCUUUAUUUAAGAGAGAAACAUUCAUUUUUAAGAAUUAUGAAAUCUAAGUUUUCAAACCUAAAAUUGGACAAAGCUUGUACAUGACAGUCUCCCUUUUCACCUGAGAGGGUGAGAAUAUUUGAUUGUCGUAUUCUCGGAGGAAUUGCUAGUUUGAAAAAGAAAAAGUAAAUUUUAAAAGUUUCUCACUAAGCUUUUGUGGCUCUGAGGUUGGUUUUUAUAAAGAGUUAUCAGACUUUUAUUUAUAAAUAACAUG